AUGGCUAAAUCAACUCCAAAACAAGUCAUCACUGCUGAACAAAUCUUAGUUCCAGAAUCUCAAUUAAAGAGAUCAACUGCUGCUGCUAAAUUAUCUGAAAAAGCUGCUGCUGAAAAAAUUGCUCGUAAACAAGCUAACAAAGAAAAACGUGAAGCUUUAUUAAAGAGAACUGCUGCUUACCAUCAAGAAUACGUUGAUGCUGAACGUGCUGUUAUCAAUGCUAAACGUGAAGCUAAAGCCGCUGGUUCAUACUAUGUUGAAGCUCAACAUAAAUUAGUUUUCGUUGUUAGAAUUAAAGGUAUUAACAAAAUUCCACCAAAACCAAGAAAAGUUUUACAAUUAUUAAGAUUAUUACAAAUCAAUGCUGGUGUUUUCGUUAGAUUAACUAAAGCUACUGCUGAAUUAUUAAGAUUAGUUGAACCAUACGUUGCUUAUGGUUAUCCAAACUUAUCAACCACUAGACAAUUAAUCUACAAACGUGGUUAUGGUAAAAUCAACAAACAAAGAAUCCCAUUAUCUGACAAUGCUAUCAUUGAAGCUUCAUUAGGUAAAUAUGGUAUUGCUUCAAUUGAAGAUUUAAUCCAUGAAAUUUACACUGUUGGUCCAAAUUUCAAACAAGCUAACAACUUUUUAUGGCCAUUCAAAUUAUCCAAUCCAUCAGGUGGUUGGGGUGUUCCAAGAAAAUUCAUUCAUUUCAUUGAAGGUGGUUCUACUGGUAACAGAGAGGAAUUCAUCAAUGCUUUAAUCAAAAAACAAUUAUAA